AAAACGGUUUUACAAAACAUAAUCCACACAACUCCUCCCCUCAAAACUCCAAACUCACAUUCCCGCCAAAAAAAUGCGAAUCGCCGAGAUCUCUUCGCCGGAGGUCCGGCAAACACAGCCACCGGACACCAUAACCGACCUACUCUCCAAACUAGAAACCCUAACAGCUGAAACCGAACGUCACUCACCGGAAUCUCCUUUACCAGACUCCAUCACCACCAAUCUCCGCCACGUACUGAGUCAACUCACUCCACUUUCACCGUUCCAGAACUCCAUCAAGCUCCAGAUCUGGAAGCUGAGUUACCGGUUAUGGAACGCGUGCAUCGAUCUCUCCAAUUUCGUCCGUACAUCAUCGUGUAAAGUUCCAGAAGAACACGCUAAACUCCGGCAAGUUGCAGCGGAUAUUCUGUUCAUCGCCGUUGACGUCACCGGUGUUCCGUCACCGUAUUUCAAGUGCGCAUCGUUUUUCUAUAAAACAGGUACGAUCUGGCAUGAAUUGUGUAUGUAUGAUUUUGCUAGUAAUUGUUUCGAGAAAGCCACAGAUCUGACAUCGAAAGUAGAUAUUAUGAAUGUUUCGGAUCGAGAAGAACGUAGGUUGCUUCUGGAUCUGCAUAUUGCUAGAUCGAAAACAGCGUGGGAGGUAUCGGAUAGGAAUUUAGCGAUUAAUUUGUUAAAUAGGUCAAAACGAGUAUUGUUUGGGGUUGCGGAUAGUUACAUGGCUUUAGCGAAUCAGUAUAUGUGUUUCGGAAAGCUAGUUUUGUCGAAAAGUGAAGCGUGUAGUGCGAAUGAUGCGGUGAAGUUGAUGAACGAAGCUUUGGAGCUGUGUGAGAAAGGGUUAAGGAGUGUGAAAAAGGUGGAUGAAACCCUAGGUUUGAAGGAAUUGAGGUUGAAGACGUUGAGGUUCAUGGCGGCGUCGCAUUUGCAGAGAGAUGAGUUUGAUAGUGUUUUGAAGUGUGUAAGGGUUUUGAGAGAUGGUGAGAAAGGAGAGGAUCAUCCGAGUUCGAGUGUGUUGGCGAUGAAGGCGUGGUUAGGGUUGGGAAGGCAUGGAGAGGCGGAGAAGGAGUUGAAGAGCAUGGUGGGGAAUAAGGGGAUUCCGGAGGGUGUUUGGGUAUCUGCUAUGGAGUCUUACUUACAGGCAGUGGGUUGUUCCGGGGUCGAGACAGCGAUGGGGGUGUUUCUGGGACUUCUAGGGCGGUGCCAUAUUAGUGCGGCAGCAGCGUUUAGGGUGGUUCAGAGAGUGGUUGCUGAUUGUUUAAAUGGAGAGGGACCUAGGGCUAGGGCUAAAGUGGUUGCUGAGUUUGUUUCCAAUGACAAGGUUGUCGCUCUUUUUUCUGGAGAAGUGGCUGCAAAAGAGAGGUCUGGCAUGCAUGCUCUUCUGUGGAACUGUGCUGCAGAUCAUUUCCGGUCUAAGGAUUACGAGGUCAGUGCAGAAUUGUUUGAGAAAUCUCUGCUAUAUGUUCCUCAUGACAUAGAGAAUAGAUCUCUUCGGGCAAAGGGCUUUAGAGUUCUGUGCCUUUGUCACCUAGCCCUCUCUCAUCUGGAUAGAGCUCAAGAAUACAUCGAUGAGGCUGCUAAGCUGGAACCCAACAUUGCUUGUGUUUUCCUGAAGUUCAAGAUCUGUCUGCAAAACAAUGAUCAUAAUGGUGCUAUUACUCAAGUGCAAGCAAUGCCCGCCUGCAUCGACUUCACUCCAGACUUCCUCUCACUCUCGGCCCAUGAAGCUAUUGCAUGUCGUGCUCUUUCUGUCGCAGUUGACUCUUUAUCUCGUCUGUUGACCUUUUUUUCCAUGGGAAAACCAAUGCCAACAACAGAAGUCAUAGUUUUCCGAACCCUCAUCACAAUUCUCAUUCAACAACCUCAAAACGAAAAGGAAGUCCUCAAAUACAUGAAACAAGCCCAUUCUCGUUUCUCUGAUCUUGGACCUGAACGGUUUUUCGGGUCAGGUGAGGUUGGAAGACGGGAACGGAAAUGGUUUGCUUUGAAUCUGUGGAAUAUUGGUUUGAAAAGUGGUCAGGAAAAUAACUAUGAUUUAUGUGGAGAACUUUUUAGAACGUGUGCUGAAUAUUAUGGUGUUAGUAUUGAUGGACAAAUGGAGGGAAACAAUCCGAUGGUGUGCAAGUCGUUGAUAUUAGCCGUGUCUGCCAUGUUAGCUGGUGAGAAGCUUAGUACGAACCCAUUGUCGGACAAUGAAGUCAAACAGGCCAUUGACCUGCUAGAAAGAGCUGAAAAGAUACUAAUGUCUGGCUCCAUGAAGACCAGUAUAGAUGAUGAUCAAACCACUACUAUUGAGCCUCAUUUCUACUUUAUUUACACAUUGAGUGCAUACGAUCUAUACACGAGAACCAAUGACACAGAAUCAAAGCAACUUCUGCUAAUAAAGAACUACGCCAACUCCAAACAUUGCAACACGAAUCACCUCUUUCAGAUCGGUCGAAAUGCAUCAGAAGGACCACGACCAAACACUGAAGUAGCUACAUUUUGUUUCAACACGUGUAUCUCUUUGCUCCUUUCAUCUGCAUCACCCGAUUAUCAGACUGUUGCUCUCAUUCUCAGAAAGUUAAUUACCAUCACCGGUGCUCAUAAAUGCAAUGCUGCUGCUGAUGAUGACGGUAAUGGUAAUGGUAAUGAUGAUGAUGGGGUGUAUGGGAUGUAUAAGAAAGCAUACAGGAUUAUGGUGGGGUUGAAGGCGGGGGAGUAUCCUGUUGAGGAAGGGAAAUGGCUUGCCAUAACAGCAUGGAACCGGGCAGCUUUGCCGGUGAGGUUGGGGCAGACGGUGGAGGCAAAGAAGUGGAUGGAUAUGGGGUUGGAAUUGGCGGGCCGGGUUCCGGGCAUGGAUACAUAUAAGUCUUGUAUGGAGGAUUUUGUUUCCGGGGUUGAAAAGAAAGUUCAGAGUCAGGGCCAUCUGAUUGUUGGAAGCUAGUGAGAGUAAUCCUUUCAAUCAAGCUUUCUAAAGAUGAAUGCUUUUGUGGCCUCUACUAAUGUGCAAGUUUUGCUGUAUAGAAUUCAAGAUAUGAUCAGAUUAGAUUUGACCAAAAGGUGACAGUUUGAAACCCAUUUUCUUGUAAAUGUAUUAAUUUGGGUUAUCUUACAUAGUUAGUAGAUGUUACAGUAUUA